AUGGAUGGGACGUAUGUCGGGUGGGAUGCCAUGAACAACUGCACCGAUCAGCAGUACUGGGACAUCCUCGUCUGCCAGUGCAUCCCCUGCAGCCUUGUAUGCGGCCAGCCCACAGUGAGGAGGUGUGCUGCCCUGUGCGAGUCCAUGGACUGCAACAGGAGAGCCGGCUUCUACUAUGACGAGCUCCUGAAAAAAUGCAUCAACUGCACCACGGUCUGCGGGCAGCACCCGAAGCAAUGCGUCCCCUCCUGCGAAACGGGUGCCCUGGUGGCCACCCCCCCGCCGCCAGCCUGGACCCACCUGCGGAGGAAAGGAGAGGUGGUCUCCUGCCAAGCCAGCGCUGGGACCUGCCACCGCAGGGAGGACUCCUCCAAAGAUCAUCUGGUGGAAGUGGGCAGCGUUGGUGAUGGAUCCACGGGCAGCAGGGUCCCAGACCCGGUGGAAACCUGUGGUUUCUGCUUCCCUGGACACGGCUCUGCUGUACCAGAGACCAAAUCAUGCCACAGCACCUCCUACCACAUAGGGGAAAGAGCUGCUCCCUCUCACACCGGGAUAUGCAGCAUGGGAAGCGCCGGGGCCAUUCCCAGCCCUGACGAUGGCCACUUCAAAAUCAUAUGUUCUCCUUCACAAGAGAAGACGCCCAUGGCGUGA